GUCCGGCACCGCCUACGAAGGGCUCGAUGGCCGGCGGAGUCGCGGGUGGCCGGCGAUGGCCACGGAAGGGUCCCGCUGGGUUCGGGCUUACGGAGUCCGACUGAAGGAGAUGGUCGAAGAGCCACGCACCUUAUCAAGCACAUGUUGUGUGCCCGCGCCUGUUUGUCCUGCCACAGCCGCAGUCACCGCCCUACAAGCACAUCUAAAGUUGGACCGACUACAUUUCAAGGGCUCAAUAGCCACACGUUACCAGUGACUACAGUGAUUAAACAGUGCAGUGCUAGUUGGGGAGAAAGAAAAGAAAUCAAGUGGUAAAAGUGGUUUUAUUUUAUGUCAUCCAUUUGAUUUAUGUCAACAAUUUGAUUUUUUCCCCCAAUAGUAUUCCUAAGGCUAAGCGAGGAGAACCAGCCUGCACCAUGAACUUGUGGCUCUUGGCCUUCCUGGUGUCCUGCUUUGUGGAUACAUGGGCCCCCACUGUCCAUGCUCAAGGCGUCUUUGAGGACUGCUGCCUGGCCUACCACCCCCACGUAAGGCGGACCGUGCUCAGCCAUGCCCGGAGUUACCGGCGCCAGGAUGUGAGCGGGAGCUGUAACCUGCCGGCCGUGAUAUUCUACUUCCCCCGCAGACAGAAGAUGGUGUGUGGGAACCCAAAGGACAAGUGGGUGCAGUUUGGGAUGAGGAUUCUGGAUACUCGGAACGAGGCCCAUCCAAAGCAUCCCCAAGGUACCCGGAGAACCUCCCAAGGCUCUCACUCUGGGGGAAAGAAGUUGAGCUCUGGAAACUUCAGGCUGCCACUCAAGCUUAAAGAUCACACCAGAAGCAGCCAGAGGAAUGCCUCUCGCCUGACAACAGCUAAUCCAGGAGAGUAAGCCCACACAUCUUCAGGAUGAACCAGCACAAGAUGGGCUGGACCUUUCUCCGCCAUGAGGGUCACGGUGCAGCUCCAGUCCUUCAAGCCAAAGCUCCAUCUCUAAGUCUGCUGCAUUGGUUCCCUCACCUCUGCCACCUCCUGCUCCUUAGGCAGCUGGAAUAAGGGAGCUGACCUUAUUUCAAGCCCCUGUCUGCUCUGGGAAGCAGAGCCAACCCUGGGCAACAGGUCUUAUAGAGAACAAUUGAGAUACACCAUCCACCUACAGUCUCUUGCCACCCACCCUGGGCCAUACCUGCCUGUGUCCCUCUGGGUCUUGCAAAGCUCCAGUCUGUCUCAGGCUAUGCUUUUUAAAAUAAACCUUUGGUGGAAUGUCA